GGUUAAGAAAGCAUUAAAGCAAACCUCAAAAAAGGAAAAAGAAAAAGGAAGAGUGAGACUGAGAACACCAAUAGUUUAAAGAGUAAAGGUAUCGAUGUUCUUUACGCUGAGAACUUCACCUGUUAAUCUCCUCUCCAUCGAGUAUACCAUCCUUAUUCUGUCUUCAACUUUGGCCACACAAUUCUUGGAAUUUCAGUUAGCCUGGACAGUCGCACGAGCAUAGCAAGUGUAUAUAUAUAAAUAUAUAUAGUGUUCAGGUAUAGAAAUGGAAGAAAGAAAGUGGGAGGAUUUAGAGUUUUACUGCUUAGUGAAUGUGCUAGGAAGGGUGGGCAUGGAAUCACUUCUAUUAGAUGUCCCUUUCGUGUGCAAGUCAUGGUACAAAGCCAGCCUUGAUCCUUCGUGUUGGAAGCAUCUUGUUUUCCCUAAAGAUUUGGACUCAGAACGGGAUUUUACCUUGCUUGAUAGAUUUAAGGAAAAAUAUAAAAUUGAAAACUGUUCUGUGGAUGCAUUUACCAAAUUUGUUGUUGGUCGUGGCCAUGGGAAUUGCACUGGUCUUUUUCUUCCAAAUGGCUGUACAGAAGAAGUUGCAAAGUACGUUGCAGAUGAGUGUCCUGCCUUGACUGCUCUGUUAUUGCCCUCUGAUAUUCUACGCUGUGAAUCAUCCAUUGUUCCAUCCCUCAUAGGGAGGUGGGAACAUUUGGAGAAUUUGUGGCUCGGAAGUUCUGAAAAUUUGGUGAAUAUAAUAACCCAAAUCAGCCUUGCCUGCAAUAAAUUUUCUGGGCUGUGUGUAUCAUCUGCAACCAUUCAGGAAGAAGAGGCAUCAGCAAUUGUCACUAAUCUUCCAAAUAUAAAGUACCUGAUUCUCAGGGGGGCAUGGAUCUAUUUCGGGAAUCUAGUGAUCAUAUUGCAAGGAUGCAAAAACCUUGUACAUUUAGAUGUACGCGACUGCUUAGGUUUUGACUCUGAUGAUGAAGAGGUACUGGAGCUCGCUUCGAAUAUCAAGACAUUCAAGUGUGAAGGUUCAAUGCUGGACGAUUACGAUGACGGUGUAAUUGACACUGACGACCUUGUUUAUGAGGGUUAUAUUUCAAGUUGAAGUUGGUGUUCAGUUACGGGGCCGGUGCUGCUCAUGAUCACCUUUACUUUAUUUUUGCUGCUUGUGUGCCUGAGGCUUGGAUGACAUUAGUUUUUUGCAUGUGGCAUUUGUUGCGUUGUGCGCCUCUAUUUUGUGGAUGUAUAUGCUAUGAAUUACCUGGUUCCUUGACUUUCGAAUCUUCUUUUUAAUAUAAAUUGUAAUUAGGCAGCAAAGAGAUUUGUUUUCCAUAAUAAUUGAAUUUCCGCUCUCUUGUACA